CGUGUCCGGAGGUGCUCGCGAGAAGGUGGCCAAGGUUCGGUUGUGCCACACCGCCGUCGAUCGGUUCGCAGAAAGGUUCCGGGAGUGUGUUUGACCAGUACAUUGAAAAAAUUAUGAAAAAAAACUUACUUACGCAUACACUUAACCACGUGAAGUGAAUGUAAAUAUUGAAUUAAGGCGAAUUUGGUUAAUGUUGCAUCGGUGAGGGAUUUUCGCGAGUGAGAGAAUCGCCGAGUGAGUGUGCGAGUGAGCGGGAAGUGAAAUAAAAGCAACAAAAAAACAACAAUGGCGUAAUUACCAGAAGGGGAGAGAUUAAUUGUGUUCCCCGAUUGUCACGUUUGACGAGCCGAGCUGGGCUGCGGUGAUAGUGAGAAAAAUAUACUCCGUCCGCAGCGGAUGCUCGAACAGCUGAAAAACGCCCCAAAACCCCGGAAACCGUGCACAAGAAGAUUUCACCUUUCAUGGAUUUCGAUCUGGUGAUUACUCGUGAAAUUAGUGCAGUUCGAAAAAAAGAUAAUCAAACGAAAAAAUGACGCCUCUAAAUUCCACGUGGGAUCGCAACCGAAGAAAUGACCAUCCGAAUGUGCCCAAAUUCAGCUUUUACGUAAUCACAUAAGAGCUGUGCCAAUUUGAGUGUAUUGUAAAGUUUUUGUUUUUGGGGGAUUUGACCUAAAAAAAGUGUAAUAACGAGACGUGAAAAAAACAAACAGCGAAGAAUUUUUUUGGUGAUGUGCCGAAUGAGAUCAGCCCGAAGAGUUGCGUCAAGUUGCGUGAAGAUCCGUUGAGUCAACGGCAGUGGUGCCAUUUCGUUACCGCACAAAAGGCUCCAAUUGUGUGAGUUAACACCUCCGCUGCGGAAAAGGAAGUCUCGAAAAAGUGUAAAAAUAAUAUUCCAAACCUGUUUUCGUCAAACACACUUAAAAGUGAAUUAAACCAUUCGACUAAGGUGUUUGAGGUGUGUUCAGUCAAACAAAAAAAAAGUCUCAGCAGCAGACCAUAUGAUCUCAGUGUCGCAGAAUAGUGCGUGUGUGUGCUGUAAAGAUCAACACCACCCACCACCACCAUAACCAUGUUGAUCAGCAGUUUGCUGCGAGACUCACCACAAGUGGUGGUGAAUAGGCAAAUUUUGCGGAGAAGCAGCAUGACGUCAUCGAGUCAACGGAGUCGAAGUCGGCGGAGCAGCAGCAGCAGCUUCUUGGCUGAUCAUCAUCACUGGUUUGCGGUGCUGCUGUGGAUCGCGAUUGCGCUGGCACCGGCUGCAGACUGCCAGGACCUGAACACUCCACCGGUGAUCCUGGUCGACCGGAACUGGCGGAUACGGGAGAACAUGACGGUGGGCACGCUGAUCACGCAGGUCCGAGCGGACGAUGCCGACAACGACGAACUGGAGUUCGGGCUUGACCCGUUAAAGCCGGGUCAGCUGCAGCCCUUUCGGAUCGAUCCGAACACCGGCUACGUGUACCUUAACGACAGCAUCGAGGGGAAGGGUGGCCAAAAUUUCUUCGUCUACAUCACCGUCACGGACGGUCUGGUGACGUCCAAGAACGAGGUGUACGUCAACAUUCUAAGUCAGAACGCCACCGGUGUGUACAAAACCCGAGGAUCUCAGUUCACACCGGGCAUCGACAGCAUCCGGAAGCUACUGCCAGCCGGCUUCCCGCUGAACAUCCCGCAGGCCCCUCCACCGCCUCCGCCAUUCCCUCCGCGUCCCACGACGCCCCUGGUGGUCAACCCGCCAACAAACCAAAAGCAACCGCCGGUUCCUUCCACCACCAAGCAGACCAAAACCUACCCGGAUCCGGGACCGGACUCGGACUCGAGCAGCAGUACGGAACGCCCUGCGGUCACCACCAACGGCAGCAUCACCCGACUCACCACGGACGCUUCCGCUGCGCCAGCAAGUCCUGCUCCGUCGGAGGUCACGCCGGCCACAACGUCCAGUCCUACCGGGGCGAGCCCACCCGUACGGACGCAACCCGCCGGCGAUUCCAACUCGCUGACGUCCUUCGUCCCCGUCAUCAUUGCCGUGUCGUGCAUCUUCCUGACGGCCGGCCUCGUGGCCGUUUGCAUCUUCCGCAAGUAUCUGUGCGCCAUCAGCAAGACGCUCAAGAAGAAGAACAAAAUCGACAAAGCCAAAAAGUCAAACCAAAGCAAUCUCAGUAGCAAUAUCACCUCGGGCGGCAGCACCGGCGCCGAGGACAGCCGCAACUCGAUCGGCAUGAACCACUGGAGCGGACCGAUGGCGUUCAGCAACCGGUACACGUCCCCGUGGGAGCGGGACCAGAACGGGCAUAUGCAGGUCACCUCCCAACUCUCAACGGCCAGCUCGAACGGUUCGGCCAUCGCAAAGGAUCGGUGGGAGUUCCCGCGGCAUCGGCUAAAAGUGUUCAACAUCCUGGGCGAGGGCGCCUUUGGGCAGGUUUGGCGCUGCGAAGCCACCGACCUCGACGGCAAGGAGGGCAUCUCCAUAACGGCCGUUAAGACGCUCAAGGAGAACGCCUCGGAACCGGAGCGGAAUGAUUUGCUGUCGGAGCUGCAGGUGCUGAAGUCGCUGGAGCCGCACAUUAACGUGGUGAGGCUGCUGGGGUGCUGCACCGAGAAGGAUCCCAUCUUCGUGAUACUGGAGUACGUUAGUUUGGGCAAGCUGCAGACGUUCCUGCGGAACUCGCGGGUUGAGAAACACUACGGAAACACUCACGGCAAGUCGAAGAUUCUCACGUCGGGAGAUUUGACGUCCUUCAUGUACCAGGUCGCCAGGGGCAUGGACUUUUUGACGUCACGAGGAAUCAUCCACCGUGACCUGGCGGCGCGUAACAUUCUCAUCACGGACGACCACACCUGCAAGGUGGCGGACUUUGGCUUUGCCCGUGACAUCGUCACCUCCAAGGUGUACGAGCGCAAGAGCGAAGGUCGCCUCCCAAUCCGGUGGAUGGCCACCGAGUCGCUGUACGACAACAUCUUCACCGUCAAGUCGGACAUCUGGAGCUUCGGCAUCCUGAUGUGGGAGAUCGUGACGCUCGGUUCGACUCCCUACCCGGGAAUUGCCGCCGCGGACGUGAUGCGCAAGGUUCGCGACGGCUACCGGCUGGAAAAGCCCGAACACUGCCGCCGCGAGCUGUACAACAUCAUGUUCUACUGCUGGGCCAAGGAUCCGAACGAGCGACCGGACUUUCCCGAGUGCGUCGAAAUGCUCGACCGGUUGCUGCAAACCGAAACCGACUACAUCGAGCUGGAGCGGUUCCCCGACCACAACUACUACAACAUGCUCAACCUGAGCGGUGAAAAGCUGUAAAAUUUCCAAAAAAGGAAAAAAAACAGACAUAGAGAUUAAACAAAAAAGCUGUACAUAGUCUUAACCAUUGUGAUAAGAACUGAGUUGUCUCCAGCGAACAACGCGUAUUAUUUGUGUGCCGCGACGCGACUGAGUUAGGUUUUCGUUUCGUUCCCCCCGCGGGAGCAGUUUAGAAGUGGUACUCGUGAACCACUACGAAUGUAUUUCCGAUUGCUAGAAUACGUGUUAGAAAACCUGUGUAAAUACAUGUCAAUAAAUAUGGAUUUUUGAACAAAUUA